AGAAAGAAGGCGACGCAUUGGUUUCUCACUCCCCGGCACCCUGGCCUCCGGCGACUUCAUCCAGCGAUCUCCCCGACGAUCUCCGCCGGCGGCAACUGACGACUUUUCCUCCCCUCCCGAUUCAAUCGAUCUGAGGUGGGAAAGAAGAGACAAUGGAUGCUCUGGAGGCGAUUCCCCCACGGGAUGAUCCCGAGAAGAAACCAUGCGCGGAUGUGUAUGUCGACUCACAACACCAUUCCCUGACGACAUCGACGACGGACAUGGAUGUUGUCUCCAAGGUGCUUGACGAUGACAACCUCCUGAGAGAGAUCAUCCUUUGUGUCGGCUUCCCGACCACCCUCGUCCGUGCCUCUCUCGUCUGCAAGCGUUGGUACCACCAUGCCUCCGACCGCAAGUUCCUCAGCCGUUUCCAUGAGUGCAACCCGUCCCACCUCCUAGGCUUCUACCUCGAGGACACCGAUGAUCCAAGCGUGGCUGCACACUUCUUUCCGAUGCUGCCUCAACCUCCAGAGCUUGCAACUGUCAUCCGCACUGCGAGAUUCAGCUUGGACCCCCACCGGAGUGAAAUGUCCGACAUGAUGGGCUGCCGGAACGGCAACGUCCUCAUCAGCUUGUACGACGGCAGAGAUUUUACAGUUGGAGUGCACAGCCCGUUGCACCCCGAGAGAAGUUUGGUGGUCCUCCCGCCAUUCCCAGAGUUGCAAAUUCAGGACGGCUAUUUCUGUGGUAUGAAUGAUCUCCUCCUCUCCAAACAGGAAGGCGAUGGCUUGUCCUACAUUUAUGUGUUGGUGGAGUCUACAAUGGAGAGGACCAAAUCUAUGGUGCACAUAGAUGUGCUGCGAAAUGGUGACACUGUAUGGCGCAGACAUCUUGACUUGGCCACCGACCGAUUCCUUUGUCCGCGAUUUGAUCCAAAAGCUGUGCUCGCCGACGAUAAAAUCUAUAUAGCGAGUGCCCAGAGCGACAUUGUUGUCUUGGAUUUGAUGGGCUCAAGCAUCUCCACGAUUACCCUCCCACAAGGGGUGGAGUAUGGUGAUAGAGACACCAUGUUGGCAUGGGCCAAUAAUGCUUCUGGUGUGUAUCUCAGCCAUGCCAGGAAGCUUCAACUUUGCAUUUGGCUCCACAAGGGGGGCAACUGGUUGCUGGUGCACAGUAUUUGUUUGCGUGGGAUGGUUGCUAGUUUGAGGAUGACAGGUUGCGAGGAUGAGAAUGAGGCUACUGCUCCUCUCCGGAUAAACCAUGUGGGGGAUUAUGACGAGUUUGUUUUCUUGGAGAUGGGUUGAUGUGUACUCCACCUGGAUAUCAAGUACAAGAAACUGCGUAAAGUGUAU